AACUGUUUUUGGCCACUAAACCACUAUGUCGCUCCCACGUUCAUCUCAUAACCAAAUUAUUGUCAAUAACUGCAACUAUAUACGUUAAUCUUUAAUUACUUCUCCCCCUCAAAACCAAAAGAUUACUCCCAUAUUCCAAUACAAAAAGAUUACUCCCAAAUAUUUAACAUCAAUGGCGGCGUUCAAGUCAAGCUUUCUGGUCGUGGCGGCGUUCUGUUUGGUGUACCAGCUGCAGUUGUCUCAUUGCACGGAGUUCGACGUAGGCGAGCGCGGAGGUUGGGCCGUUCCUCCGACCAACGACACUGAUUUCUACGAUAACUGGGCUUCCAAGAAAAGGUUUAAGGUUGACGACACCAUAAGGUUCAAAUACAAGAAAGAUUCGGUGAUGGAGGUGAAGAAAGGAGAUUACAAAGAGUGCAACUCGAGCCGGCCCAACUUCUUUUCCAACACGGGCAACACCAUCUACACUUUAAACCGGUCCGGUUUUUUCUACUUCAUAAGCGGCUCGACCGGCCACUGCGAGAUGGGGCAGCGUAUGAUCGUGUGGGUUGUGGCACAGGAUGGCUCUGGUGGAACCUCUCAUCAUGCUUCGAAUUCAAACACUCUCAACGUCUCUUUCUCCUUUGGACUUCUUCUCGUAAUUUUUGUUUUCCCAUUUAUUUUCUCAUUAGCCUAGUAUUUCACUUAGGAUGGAGUAUUAUUAAUUAAAUAGCUUCUAUGUUCAUUUCUGGAAUUCAAGUUAGGGACUGUUUGUAUUCUCUAGUUUAUUAUUAUUAUCUCAAACUUCGUUUAUGGUGAUAGUAUAUUUUAAUUA